UAUAUCCGUUUGUCAUGCGACACGGACUCCGAAACACUCUAUGAUCUCAUGACCCAGCAUUGGCACCUGAAAACCCCUAACCUCGUCAUCUCUGUCACUGGGGGUGCAAAGAACUUUGCACUCAAGCCUCGGAUGCGCAAGAUAUUCAGCAGGCUGAUCUACAUUGCCCAGUCCAAAGGGGCCUGGAUUUUCACAGGAGGCACGCAUUACGGGCUGAUGAAGUACAUCGGGGAAGUGGUCAGAGACAACACCAUCAGUCGGACCUCAGAAGAGAACGUGGUGGCUAUUGGCAUAGCGGCCUGGGGCAUGAUUUCCAACCGAGAAAGUCUGGUUCGCAGCGGAGAUAAUGACGUAAGAAACAUGUACGGCCUGGUGGGGAAACAAAGAGGAGGCUCAGAUGAUGUCCCUGACUGGCCGCUGCCCUCA